AUGGGGCACCGCUACAAUGACAACCUCGGCGCACUUCUCAUCGGACAGAUGAUUUCAACCUUCCUCUACGGGAUCAGUACCUUGCAGACAUAUGUAUACCUGAUCCGAUUUCCACGAGAUAGCCCCGAGCUCAAGAUAUGGUGGGGGAUGGUCAGCAAUGGCUCGGUUGCUGGCCAUGAGUCGUUCGCGAAACGCUCGUUCUUUGCAUCCGCAGUGCUAAACCUUGUGGUCGCUGCAGUAGUCCAGUGUUUCUUUAUCAAGCGAAUACACAAAUACAAGCUUCGCGAGAUAUACACUCCCGCCGCUUCUGGUGAGAAACGCACUUCCCACAGACAUCAUUUUCCGAUCGGCACUGACGAAACGCAGUCGGUUUUCGUCAUUGCCCACCUCGCACUGGGUGCAUGUGCAACCGUCAAGGUCGUCUCCACGUUUGAAAGCACGGCGUUGGAAUCCUUGUCGCUGAUCGCUUUCUCCGCCGCCCUUCCCUACACGCUGCUCGCUGUCCUUUCCGACGCAUUCAUCGCUGGGACCCUCAUCCAGCUAUCACGAGGCCGUACGCCAGAGUGGGACAGCCCAAGAGUACACACGAUGGCCAUGCAGUUUGUUACAUUCGCUAUCAAUCGCUGUGUUUUGGUCACGGUUGCUGCGCUAGUUCGACUGAUCGCAUUCACCGUAUUGCCCUGGACGGCCUGGUUUAUCGCAACGGACUUCAUUAUGGGCAAACUUUACGCCAACUCCUUUGUGGCAUGUUUGAACGCAAGGUCGUUAUUCCCUACGCCACAAGCAUCGCGGGGCGACACUGCGAUUUUCUCAUCCGUGCCGGACAUAUCCGUCCGCUCGAAUGGUUCCAUAAACCCUCCUUCACAUUCGCCCAUGCCUCGCAGGCCUGCAUCCAGAGCCAUAAGUCUCCCAGACCUGGUCUUCUGCAAGACGAAGCUCAAGCCCGGAGUUGCUGGACCCUCGACCUCCGUCACCGAGCGUGAGGUCUGCCCAUGCAUGCUGCUGGAGACGCAAUAA